CGAGCCGAGCACCUCUAAUCCAAACCCCAUCCGGUACUACCCCCCUUAAAAUGUGAUGCCGGGCUUCAGACCCCGUGCGUAUUUAAGUUCUAUCUCAGGAGUACCAUAUCAAGCUUCACAGAUCUCACAUUCUAUCCCAAAUUUUAAUCUGUAUUCAAUAUGGUUCUCGCACCUCACCCUAAUCCAGAAGCCCCAGUGCUAUCGCACUUUAGCCUCGCCGGCAAGACUGCUCUAGUCACCGGAGGAUGUCGAGGAAUUGGGCUUGAGGUUGCGCGGGGGCUUUGCGAAGCCGGCGCGAAGGUGGCGAUAACCUACUCAAGCACGCCACCAAAAGAAGCGGAUGAGAUAGCUGCGCAAAUAUCCUCCGCCAACGAGGGUCGACUGGUCAAAGCAUAUAAGUGUAAUGUGCGUUCACAGGCCGAAAUUGAAGCCGUCGUGAACGCAGUUGCAGAGGAGGUAGGCGGUGGCCGGCUAGACAUUCUGGUGGCGAAUGCGGGUGUCACCGCAAACAUCGCAGCUCUGGAUUACCCGGAAGACAAGUUCCGCGACUUAUUCGACGUCAACGUAAACGGUGCGUUCUGGGCGGCGCAGGCUGCGGCGCGCGUGUUUGAGAAACAGUUUAAGGCGGACGGGCAACCGCACCGGGGCUCCAUCAUAUUUACAGCGUCGGUGUCGGCAACACUCGUCAAUGUUCCUCAAAAGCAGGCCGCCUAUAACGCGAGCAAGGCUGCUCUCGUCCAUCUCGGAAAGUCGCUGGCCGUAGAGUGGGUGGAUUACACAAGGGUUAACAAUGUUUCGCCGGGCUUUAUUGAAACAGACAUGCUCGACGUUCAUCCUCAGGAAUGGAGAAGCCAGUGGAUCGAGAUGGUUCCCGGUCGUAGGUUUUGUAAGCCAUCCGAACUUAAAGGGGCAUACGUUUUCUUAGCUAGCGAUGCCAGCAGUUAUAUAACAGGUGCUGACUUGAUGAUUGACGGAGGUUAUAGUCUGCCUUAGCUGACCUAAGUAGCAGUUACUUACCUACCUACCUACCUAGGUAUAUUGUCUCUUCCUAUCUGUCCCCUUAAAGUCUUCGUAGUGAAAACGGUGUGUUGGGCCCU